CGGGGCGGACCUGUAGUGGGACGGUCUGAGGACUCCCGUUGUGUCGCACCAUUGGUUGGGGGGCCGCAUCUGUUAGAUUGUCAACCAAUGAAAGGCAGCGCACGGGCGACCCCAAGCCUGCUGCUGCAUGAUUGGCUCUGGCCGAGAUUGCUAGGCGAGGCUCCCGGAACUGCCUGGCGCUGUGGCCUAUGGAUGGGCGGCCCAGACGCCGCAUGCGCGUUGGGCUGCUGCCUGCGGGGAAAAUGGUGCUCAUCAAGGAAUUCCGCGUGGUCUUGCCGUGCUCGGUGCAGGAGUAUCAGGUCGGACAGCUGUACUCCGUGGCCGAAGCCAGCAAAAACGAGACGGGAGGCGGAGAAGGCAUCCAGGUCUUGACCAACGAGCCGUACGAGAAGGAUGGGGAGAAGGGCCAGUACACGCACAAGAUCUACCACCUGAAGAGCAAAGUGCCUGGCUUUGUGCGGAUGUUUGCUCCGGAAGGCUCCUUAGUAUUUCACGAAAAAGCCUGGAAUGCAUAUCCUUACUGUAGAACAGUCGUUACGAAUGAAUACAUGAAAGAGGAUUUUUUUAUCAAAAUUGAGACUUGGCAUAAGCCUGACUUGGGCACGUCGGACAAUGUCCAUGACUUGGAUCCCAAUACAUGGAAAAACGUGGAAGUUGUUCAUAUUGAUAUAGCAGACAGAAACCAAGUGGAGCCUGGAGACUACAAAGCUGAUGAAGACCCUGCAUUGUUCCAGUCGGUCAAAACCAAAAGAGGUCCUUUGGGGACUGACUGGAAGAAGGAGUUGGCAGCUGCUGAAGAUUGUCCCAAGAUGUGUGCUUACAAGCUGGUGACCAUCAAGUUUAAGUGGUGGGGACUGCAGAAUAAAAUUGAGAACUUCAUUCAAAAGCAAGAAAAGAGGAUAUUCACCAACUUCCAUCGACAGCUUUUCUGCUGGAUUGACCGGUGGAUUGACCUGACGAUGGAAGACAUCCGGCGAAUGGAGGAUGAAACCCAAAGAGAGCUGGAGGCGAUGCGUAAGAAGGGUUGUGUUCGAGGAACAUUGGCUGCCAGCGCCUAGAGGAAGCCCUCGGUAGGGUCAGAGGCAGGCAAAUAAUCCCACUAUUUGCGCAAUCAAGGAGAAGUGAGAGGAACUAGUGCGGCUAAUGAUGAAUGAAGGAAAACAUCUCUUGCGUCUGGUGUCACAAUCCACCCUUUGGGUGUGAGUGGGUGCACAGUUCUUUACACAUUUGUGCAUGCAUGCACACAGAAACAUGUACACACAACACACUGGGUGCACACUUGUACUGAGCUGCUUCUCCAAGGCACCGAGAUCUCCCCAAGAGGCCCUGCCUUUGUGCUGUAUAUCCAAAGCUAAUUAAACCCACCCAGUAUCAAUGAAUGGAAGAAGAGAACGAAUUCUAUCAAUUGGAACGUUUUGAAACUUCAGAUGCCGGACCAAUUUCCUUUACCUUAAUACAUGAGAGGUUCUCCUUGCUAGGACUCAGUUAUCUCUGUUUAGAUGCGCAUCAGCAAUUAAUUUUCCACUCUGGUUCAUUCAUGAUUUGUUACAGACAUUCUGAAUGUAUUUAAAGAUACUUAUUUCUGAAUUAUUACUUUCUUGAAAUCAGAUCAUUUCUAGUAGUAAGGAUCAAUUUCUUGCUAUUGAAUUUGGUUUUUUUUUUUACAAAAAACAUUUUCGCCCAUUUGCUGCAAAGAAUUUUGUAUAUAAAGAGUCGAGGGUUUCUUCAUUAGAACUGGCAACAU